AUGGCCGUGCAUACGCCUGAGUCUGUGGGUCGCCAGCACCAUGAGUGGACAUGGCGAUACUUUUGCCUUUUGAUGCAAAUAUAUCUCCUGCGCAUGCUGGCUUAUAUAGAAGUGGCAUUGACGGACAAUCUGCGUCCUAAGGUCAAAGAUGAUGUCAAGGUGACGAUGAUUCAAGUACCGUCGCGAGAUCCUGGGCGUACAAUCAAGGCUGCCCUAUACGAACCGGUAGAUAUGCCGCAGGGUCCGCGACCCGUAAAUGUCAAUGCACACGGUUCUGGCUUCUGUAUUCCUGCUUUCUUUGGAAACUCGCGGUUCUUUUUGUACUUGACGGCACGAAAGCUCCGAUGCUAUGCCAUCGAUGUGUGCUACCGCAAAUCGCCCGAGUACCCGUACCCAUUUCCUACGCAAGACGUAGAAGACGUGGUGAACUGGGUCUUUACGCAGCCAGACAAAUUUGAUCUAUCGCGUGUGUCGAUGACGGGCUUUAGCGCUGGCGGCAACUUGGCCCUGUCCACGACCAACCGUCUUGGUCGUGAUAAGAUCACGGCUGUGGUGUCUUUUUAUGCGCCUCUGGAUGCCACGACUUCGGGCGCGCCUGUGGGUUUCCGUGGAAACUAUACCAAGGAGUUCCGCAGCGGCGUGGAGCUGCUGCCAUGGGCUUUCUCCGGCUUCUUUUCGUCGUUUGUGCCCAUGCAAACCGAUCCUGGCGACCCUUAUCUCUCUGUGAUCAAUUCACCGCUUGAUAGGUUCCCAGAUUAUGUUCUGUUCGUGGCUGGUAUGUCGGACGUGAUGUACUCCGACUCGAAGGCUAUGUAUGAGCACAUGGUGGAAUCAGGCACGAUCGGCCAGAAGCAGCACUGCCGUUUCUUGCAAGUCCCCAACGAGGCGCAUGCUUUUGAUGAACAGCCCAAGUGCCGUGAAUCGGAGGAGUGGCGUGAUCGUGCAUACUUGACCUCAAUUGAUACCAUCUUCAAGUCAUGGUACCCCCAGGCUGAGCCAUUGCCCAUGGAGUUGGACGCCGUUGCUCCUCUACAUUUGUGA